UGCAGCCAAAUGCCGUUCGUCUCUGUGCUCAACUGCUAUAAAACUGGAAACCAUUUUUGCCGUUGGUCUCUGUACUAUUGCAGGAAUGGAAAGAGCGGAGAAUCUUACUGAGCUUCUUGCAGCUCAAAAUCAUGUACGCAACCAAAUGCUCAACUUCAGAAAGUCUGCAUCUCUAAAAUGUGCAAUUGAACUGGGAAUCCCUGAAGCCAUCAAUCAACAUGGGAAGCCUAUCACACUUUCUGAGCUGGUUUCUGCCCUUCCGGUUAACCCUUCAAAAGCUAGCCACAUCUAUCGCCUGAUGCGAUUCUUAUCAAAGGCCGGCUUCUUUGUUCUACAAGAUCAAGGCUAUGCGCUCACAGCUGCAGGCCGUCUUCUUUUAAAAGACGAUCCUUUCAAUUUAAGGGCACUUAUUUUUUUUAUGAGCGACCCAGUUUUAGUGAAGCCCUGGAAUUCCUUGACUGAGUGGUUCAGGAAUGAUGAUCCCGCUCCAUUUGAUACAGCGCAUGGGAAAAACUUCUGGGCUUAUGCUGCUGAAGAGCCUAAUUUUGCAAACCGCUUCAAUCAAGCCAUGGCCAAUGAUUCUACUUUCAUCGUUCAGGUGAUGAUGACCCGGUGCAAGUUUGUGUUUGACGGCUUGACAUCUUUAGUGGAUGUUGGGGGCGGCACAGGGGCAGUUGCUAGGGCCAUUGCCCAAAAUUUCCCCAACUUGGAAUGUGUUGUGUGUGAUCUCCCACACGUGAUUGCCGGCCAAGAGGGAACUGAGAACGUGGACUUUGUCGCAGGAGAUAUGCUAGAGAAGGUACCUACUGCUGAUGCAAUCUUGCUCAAGGGGAUUCUCCAUGACUGGAGUGAUGAAGAUUGUGUGAAGAUUCUCAAGAACUGCAAAGAGGCUAUUCCAGGGAGAAACAAAGGGGGAAGAGUCAUUAUUAUCGACAUGAUUUUGGAAAGCCAGAUUAAAGACGACGAGUCAGUUGAAACACAAGUUGGUAUGGACAUGCUGAUGUUGAUGUGUCACGCUGCUAAAGAAAGAACUGAGAAAGAAUGGGCAAAGCUUUUCCGAGAUGCUGGUUUCAGUGACUACAAAAUACUUCCAGUGUUCGGUGUGCGCUGUCUCAUUGAGGUCAAGUAUUGCUAUGAAAAUGGCGAAAUAGCUUUCAAGGAUGGAGCUCUAAUUGCUGCUGAUGCCAUUCUCCAUGCUACCGGGUAUCAACCUACACAUGAUGACGUGAUGGGAUGGUUGCCAUCGGCUGCAGCGUGUUUGUCGAUCAAGUCAGCGUGGGAAGGUUUGCGCUCCAGCAGGAAUGCAACGUUGGUUAAAAGGUUACUUUGGUGUAACAUUCUGCCUUUAAAGGUCUCCCUUUUUACUUGGUGUGCUUUGAGGAACUUAUUGCCUCUAGAUCUGACUUUGAGAAAGCGCGGCAUCUCCUUAGUGUCUAGAUGUGAUUGCUGCCUACAGGAGGAGGAGUCGGUGAGUAAUUUGCUGCUUCACGGGCCAAGUGCUACAAUUGUCUAG